AUGGGGUCAACCAGUCCAUAUCUCAUGGUGUUUGUCGUUGCCCUAGGUUCAUUCACCUUCGGCUUCAACAACUCCGUCAUCGGAUCAGUCUUGGGUCUAAAAUCGUUCUUUGACUAUUUCGACAUCGACCAAAAUGGCGGCGGCAGAGCAGACUCCAUUAUCGGCGCGACUUCAGGACUGUUUGCUGGAGGUGGUGCCCUGGGUUCUCUUGCUCUAGCCCCCCUUGCAAAUAAGGCUGGUCGUAUUCGAGCUAUUCAGGUCACUUGCAUCAUCUGUAUCAUCGCAGGGAUUAUACAAGCUGCCUCGGUUCAUAUAAUCAUGUUCUUAAUCGGACGCUUCUUGUCCGGUCUCGGUGUUGGAUUGAUGGUGACCUUGGUGCCAAUUUACCAGAGCGAAAUAUCACCCGCACAAAGCCGAGGAAGGAUGGUAGGAAGUCAUGGCACCCUGAUUGUUACUGGAUAUGCAUUCGCUGCAUGGACCGGCUUUGGAUGCUUUUACUCUCCAAGCCCCGAAUUCCAAUGGCGCUUUGAACUCUCCGCUCAAGUCAUCGCACCGUGCUUGCUUCUCGUUGGGUCUCUCUGUCUUCCCGAGUCUCCUCGAUGGUUAGUCGAGCAAAACCGCCACAACGAAGCCUUAGAAAUCCUCAGCAGUUUCCAUCCUUCCGAUCAUCAAGGCGAAGUCGGCAGGGAAGACAAGGCUCAACUCGAACUUGGUCAAAUUCGCGCCCAACUGGUUGCCGACCGCGAAAUCACACAAUCCGCCGGGAGAUGGGCCUUGAUCACAAAGCCCUCUUACCGUAAACGCUUGAUUGCCGGGUGCAUUACUCAAUUCCUCAGUCAAUCCACAGGAGUCCUCGUCAUCAACAACUAUCAAGUUAUGCUUUACAAUUCGCUCGGCCUUUAUGAGUCUCUACCCCUCCUACUCUAUGCCGCCUAUCUGACCUGGGCAGCUGGGAUGAACUACAUCUCGGCAUUGAUAAUUGAUCGGGUCGGGCGAGUUCGUCUUAUGACAAUUGGCCUAUUGGGUGGAGCCGCCGCGGUCAUAUGUGAAGCUGCAAUGGUGGCGAAGUUCUCGGGCACUAGUAAUAAAGUCGGCAAUGGCUUUGGAGUGGCAUUUCUUUUUCUCUUCGUCACAUUCUACGGCGUAUGCCUGGAUGCUACUACAUGGGUUUAUUGUGCUGAGAUUUUCCCAACCCAUACACGCUCACGGGGCAUGGGAAUUUCCAUAUUCACGCAAUUUUGCACAACUCUUGUCUAUACUCAGGCCGCUCCAAUGGCUUUCAAUACCAUUGGAUGGCGAUUUUAUUUGGUGUUUAUCAUCCUCCCAAUUCUCGGUGCGGUCGUGAUGUUUUUCACCUUCCCAGAGACCAAAGGGUUAUCUCUUGAAGAUAUCUCUAUGGUGUUUGGGGAUGAGCAAAUCGGAAUGGAAGUUAUUCCAGAGCCUGCAUAUCGCUCGGAAAAACUUGCAGUCUGUGACAAAGAAUCAGUGUGA